AUGGCGCCUCAACUCGAGCCAUUUUUCAAGCAGGUCGACACCUCGGCGGAGCACUUCAUUGACCGUCUGCGCAAGGCCGUUGCUAUUCCUUCAAUCUCCGCUCAGGAUGAGAACCGCAAGGAUGUGGUCCGCAUGGCCCAAUUCCUUACCGACGAAUUGACCGCGCUGGGUGCAGAGGUCGAGCAAAGGCCCCUCGGCAAGCAGCCCGGCAAGGAGCACCUCGACCUGCCUCCUGUCGUGGUUGCCCGCUACGGUAACGACAAGAACAAGAAGACUAUCCUGGUGUAUGGUCACUACGAUGUGCAGCCUGCUCAGAAGGAGGACGGCUGGGCUACCGAGCCGUUCGAGCUGACAAUCGACGACAAGGGCCGCAUGUACGGCCGUGGCUCUACUGAUGAUAAGGGCCCCGUUCUGGGCUGGAUCAACGUCAUCGAGGCUCACCGCAAGGCUGGUGUCGAGCUGCCCGUCAACCUGCUUUGCUGCUUUGAGGGUAUGGAGGAGUACGGAUCUGAGGGUCUGGAUGACUUCAUUAACGCUGAGGCCAAGAAGUACUUCAAGGACACCGACGCGGUCUGUAUCUCUGACAACUACUGGCUCGGUACCGAGAAGCCCUGCCUGACCUACGGUCUGCGUGGAUGCAACUACUACUCCAUCAGCGUGUCCGGUCCCGCUCAGGACCUUCACAGCGGUGUCUUCGGUGGCUCGGCCCACGAGCCCAUGACCGACCUGGUCCAGGUGAUGUCCAAGCUGGUCGAUCCUCAGGGUAACAUCCUGAUCCCCGGCCUGAUGGAUCUGGUCGCUCCUGUGACCGAGGAAGAGAAGGCCCUGUACCCCAACAUCAGCUACACCAUGGACGACCUCCACGAGUCUCUGGGCAGCGAGACUGGGAUCCACCCCAACAAGGAGCGCACUCUGAUGGCCCGCUGGCGGUACCCCUCUCUGUCCCUCCACGGUAUCGAGGGCGCUUACUCUGCUCCUGGUGCCAAGACUGUCAUCCCCGCCAAGGUUAUCGGCAAGUUCUCUAUCCGUACCGUCCCCAACAUGGAGAGCGAGGAUGUCAACAAGCUGGUCUUUGACCAUGUCAAGGCCGAGUUCGCCAAGCUCAACAGCAAGAACAAGCUGGAUGUGUCUCUGCAGCACGACGGCAAGUGGUGGGUCGCCAGCCCCAAGCACUGGAACUUCAGCGCCGCCAGCAAGGCUGUCGAGCAGGUGUUUGGCGUUGAGCCGGAUAUGACCCGUGAGGGUGGCAGUAUCCCCGUUACCCUGACUUUCGAGCAGGCCACCGGCAAGAACGUCCUUCUGCUGCCCAUGGGUAGCUCCACCGACGCCGCUCACUCGGCGAACGAAAAACUUGACCGCAGAAACUACAUCGAGGGUACCAAGCUGCUUGGCGCCUACCUGCACUAUGUGGCUGAGGAGCCCAUGACCCAGUAG